UGGAGCAGGGCGCUUUUGUUACAGGUACAGGCAGAGAGGCAGUGUUAUACAAUAUACGUUGAAAGCAGAUUUAACCAAAUUCUUCUGUAACUACCCGCGAAAAGCGACCCUGUAACCAGUCUCCGGCCACCCAAGCAACAAUGGAACCGAGAAUUGACUGAAAAUUUCCCCUAAUUGUAAUAAUAAAUUGAGUUAGACAGCGAAGGGGCCUGCACUGUAGCAUCCAUCUCUUUUGUUGGCUGUUUUCUGUUUUAUAUUGCACCAGGAAGCUCAAACACUGGGGGUAUUUGUUUAGAAUGGAACACGUUGAAGGCCCUGUCAGAGAAAGGGAAAGUUAAGGAUGCUGCAGCAGAACAAUGGAUUUCUCCUUCUCUUUCAUGCAAGGGAUCAUGGGAAACACAAUUCAGCAACCUCCUCAACUCAUUGACUCGGCCAACAUCCGGCAAGAUGAUGUGUACGAUGCUAUCAGUGACAAUGGUGAAGACGGGGGGCCGUCGGCUUAUGAUGAUGCCCUGGAGUCGGGCUUCUCCUACCCCCCCUCCACCACAGAGGACCUGCCCUCUGUCACCAACGGCUACCCGCCCAACAUUAGCCUCUACGAAGCCCAGGCCAAGUAUCCCAUGUAUUCUCAGUACCCCAACGGUUCUGCCAACGGCUACAGUGCUGUCCGGAGCUACAGUGUCCCCGAUCACUGCUUGUUGCCAACAGAGAACACAGUGUUGAGAUUGCCAGUGGUCCAAGAGAAACCUCUCUCCCCUCCCCAUGUUGUCCCUCAUCAUCAUGUGGUUCUUCCUCCCCCUCCUCUGCUUCUCCCUUCCUCCCCGCCUCCCCCUCCCACUCUUCCUACUUUUACCACUAUCCUCUCCACCCCUCCGCAGUCCCAGCCCCCUACCACCCCAAAGAAAACCAUCUCCCCAGAAAUCAAGUUAAAGAUCAUUAAAACCUACCAGAAUGGGAGGGAACUGUUUGAGUCCUCGCUCUGCGGAGACCUUCUGAAUGAGGUCCAGGCCAGCGAGGCAUCCAGAAGGAAGCACGAGCGGAAGAAGGAGAAAAGGAAAAAGAGCAGCAAGCACGCUCUGCACAAGCAGGAGGAACCGGUUCUAGAGCAGAUUCCAGAGCAGGAGCAGGUUCAAAGCCCUGAACACAAGCAGACGGACAGGGAUAGCAAAUGUCCCAAAGCUGAACCGCAGGAACAGAAAGUUCAGAAGCACUUUCCUACAGGUAGAGCAGGCGUUGGUACUUGUCUGGACCACCAGGUUGGAGAUUUGGUCUGGUCUAAGGUUGGAACGUAUCCCUGGUGGCCUUGUAUGGUGUCUUGCGAUCCCCAGAAGGAGGUUCAUACCAGGAUAAACACACGAGGUCACCGGGAAUACCACGUACAGUUUUUUGGCAGCGUGCCCGAAAGAGCAUGGAUCCACGAGAAGAGAGUGCUUGUGUAUCAGGGGCAGCAUGAGUUUGAACACUUGCAGGCAGAAACACUCAGGCAAGCCUCCAAUCACGCUGAAAGGCAGAAGCUCCUCAAACCAGUCCCGCAGAGAGAACGCGCUCAGUGGGAAGUGGGUAUUGGCCACGCAGAGGACGCACUCCAAAUGACCAGGGAGGAGAGGAUAGACAACUACACUUUUAUUUAUGUGGACAAACAGCCAGAAACGUCGCCGCCGCCCAAGACGGAAAAGACUGGUAGCGCAGCCAAGGCUGACAAUAGGAGAGCUCGUAGAUCUCAGACUGUGAUGAGCCCGCGGUCUGAAUCACCCCGUCAAGCUACUGCUGCUUCUGCUGCCCCAGCCAAGACCCCCUCCAGACUGCCUAGCUCCGAGGGGAGGAGGCAGAGGCCAAGGCGGCAGUGCAGCACUAGCAGUGUGGAAGAGCCCCCACCCCCUCCACCGCCCCCACCUGCUGUGAAAACGCCAUGGAAAACUGCUGCAGCCAGGAAACUGCUGCCUGCUUCGGUAAUACUGAAGAAACUCAACCAGGAUGUGCUGAACUAUGAACUGCACUCUUCUCUGAUUCCAGCGACCCCUGAAGAUAAAAGGGAAGGAACAUUUGCGGACCAGAUGGUAUGUUCUCUAAGGGGAGCAAGUCAUAAACCCGAGACGAGUUUGAAGGAACAAGAAAAGCCUGUAAUUUCACCCACAGGCAGAAGGGGCGACCAAGCAACAGUACAACAUCCUGCAAUUACAGAAGCACUGCCAGGUUCCUUAGAAAGGAAAUCACAGAGGAGAUCAGUGCGAAGUCGCUCAGAGUCAGAAAAAUCUACAGAGCCAGUGCCAAAGAAAAAGGUGAAAAAAGAGGCAGAAACAGUCCCCCAGACAACAGUGAAAACUGGAUCACAAAAAGGUGCUAGUGAGAUUUCAGAUUCUUGCAAACCUCUAAAGAAACGAAGUCGGGCUUCUACCGAUGUGGAAAUGGCUAGCUCUCAGUACAGAGACACGUCUGACUCUGAUUCAAGAGGACUAAAUGACUCACAGGUUGGAUUUGGGAAGCGGUCUGAUAGCCCUGCCGCUGCUGAUGCAGAUGCCUCUGAUGCCCAGUCUGUGGACUCCAGUUUAUCAAGACAGGGAACAAGCACUUCCAGAAAGGAUACUGUCUGUCAGAUCUGUGAAGUCUUUGGUGACUCCCUUAUUUCAUGUGAAGGAGAUUGCUGCAGACUGUUCCAUUUGGAGUGCUUGGGACUCAGUACAUUGUCUGAAGGGAAAUUUACAUGCAUGGAAUGUAAAAAAGGUGCUCACACAUGCUUCUCUUGUAAAGUGUCAGGUGCCGACGUGAAGCGCUGCUCAGUAAAUGGCUGUGGUCGGUUCUACCACGAGGCCUGCGUCCGCAAACACUCUGUGUCCAUCUUCGAGUCCAAGGGGUUCCGCUGUCCACAGCACAGCUGCUCCACCUGCUCUUUAGAACGAGACCUGCACAAAGCAACUAAAGGUCGCAUGAUGAGGUGUAUCCGGUGCCCCAUUGCCUAUCAUACAGGAGAUGGCUGCAUUGCUGCUGGCAGUGUGGUCAUCACCCCGCACAUUAUUGUAUGUAGCAACCAUUCGAGCUCCAAAAAGAAUGCACACAUAUCCUCUCCUGUAAACGUAGGCUGGUGUUUCGUCUGUGCCAGAGGACUAUUAGUGCAGGACCAUUCUGACCACAUAUUAAGUUCUUAUGCCUAUAAGUCGCACUACCUUCUGACUGAGUCAAAUCGUGCUGAGUUGAUGAAAUUACCUAUGAUUCCUUCCUCUUCGUCAGCUACCAAAAAGAAUUGUGGGAAAGGCGGAAGAUUGCUGUGCUGUGAGUCCUGCCCUGCUUCGUUCCACCCAGAGUGUUUAAGUAUAGAGAUGCCUGAUGGAAUCUGGUUCUGUAAUGAAUGCACUAUAGGGAAGAAGCCUCAUUACAAGCAGAUUGUUUGGGUCAAACUAGGCAACUACAGGUGGUGGCCUGCGGAAAUCUGCAAUCCCAGAUUAGUGCCAUUUAAUAUCCAGACCCUGAAGCAUGAGAUUGGUGACUUUCCUGUGUUCUUCUUUGGAUCUCAUGAUUACUAUUGGAUUAACCAGGGCAGGGUGUUUCCUUACGUCGAGGGGGACAAGAGCUUUGCUGAUGGCCAAAUUAGUAUUAACAAGACUUUCAAAAAAGCCCUCGAAGAAGCAGCUAAGAGAUUCCAGGAGUUAAAGGCACAAAGAGAAAGCAAGGAAGCGCUGGAAAUGGAGAGAAACUCUAGGAAGCCUCCGCCAUACAAGGUCAUCAAGUCCAACAAGCCAUUUGGGAAGGUUCAGAUCUACAUGGCUGACCUGUCUGAGAUACCAAGGUGUAACUGCAAACCCACAGAUGAGAACCCGUGCGGGCUUGACUCGCAGUGUCUGAACAGAAUGCUGCAGUAUGAGUGCCACCCGCAGGUGUGCCCCGCCGCGGAGCUGUGCCAGAACCAGCGCUUCAGCCGGCGCCUCUACCCAGAGACCGAGGUCAUCAAGACUGAGGGCCGGGGCUGGGGGCUCAAAGCCAGAACUGAACUCAAAAAGGGUGAGUUUGUGUGCGAGUACGUUGGUGAGCUGAUUGAUUCAGAGGAAUGCAGGCAGCGUAUCAAACACGCUCACGAGAACCACGCUACCAACUUCUACAUGCUGACACUUACCAAGGAUCGUGUUAUUGAUGCUGGACCCAAAGGAAACUACUCUCGUUUUAUGAACCACAGCUGUAACCCGAACUGUGAGACGCAGAAAUGGACAGUAAACGGGGAUGUUAGAGUGGGACUCUUUGCUCUUUGUGACAUUGAUCCUGACACAGAAUUAACAUUCAAUUACAACUUGGACUGUCUGGGGAACGGAAGGACUACAUGCCACUGUGGUUCUGAUAAUUGCAGUGGAUUUUUGGGUGUGCGUCCUAAGAGUGCGGUUGUGAUAGAAAAAGAGGAGAAAGCGAAGAACGCCAAGCUGAAAGCAAAGAAGCGUAAAAUCAAGCCCGAUCCCAAGCAGACGCACGAGUAUUUCUGUUUCCGCUGUGGGGAAGGAGGGGAGCUGGUGAUGUGUGACAAGAAGGACUGCUCGAAAGCUUACCACCUCCUAUGCCUUAACCUGACCAAGCCUCCAUAUGGGAGGUGGGAAUGCCCCUGGCAUUACUGCAGCGUGUGUGAGAGCCCCUCUGCUUCCUUCUGCCAGUUCUGUCCCAGCUCAUUCUGCAAGGAUCACGAGAGAGGAUCUCUUUUGGCGUCUUCCCUCGACGGCCUUCUCUGCUGCUCCAACCACAACCCCAAAAGCCCUCUUGCUCCCGAGCCCCUCAGCAAGCUCAAAAUCAAGCUGGAGCCCCAGGAGCCCAGCGAUGAACUGGUGGAAUAGUCUUUAACAGUGGAAAUGACAAACAAACAAAACUGUUCAGAAUAUUUGAAAGCAUAAGUAAUGAAAUUUCUUUUUUUUUUUUUUGGUUCAGGCAACCAUAGCAAGUCAAUUUUAAAGAGAAGCGUGUGCUGACAUUGCUGCUCAGUUUACAGCGGGCAUUGAAACGGAUUGUGGAGACGUCAGCCUGUUACACAACUUCCAUGAGUGGAUGGAGACGGCAUGGCAAAUUCAUUGUGAUGUACUUUUUACAGAGCAGACAACCAAAUGUAGCUGUAUUGGUUAUUUGGCACUUUUUAAAACAGAAGACUUAUUCUUGGUGGAGCUUUGGCGGGUCUCGGCCUAGUUAUUGUUUACCUACUGUGAGCUGUGGUUGCCUAGAGGACUCUUAAUUCUGCCAAUUUAUUAUUUAAAAUAACAUUUUUUAAAAAGCCUUGCUUUCUAUGCUGGGACAUUAAACUGAGCAGAAAUAUGCCAGUUAGUAGGUCACUCCAAAAAAAAAAAACAUUACAUUUAUGUUUUUAUGUACUGUACCUCAAGAUUUAAUUUUUGUGCAAUUAACAUACAAACACUACAUUUCAGAAGCAGAUUGAAUUUGCUGUGUCUGUUGCCAUUACUUGUAUUUUGUUAGAGUACUCAUCUGUUUUUCUAUAAGGAAUUGAAAGCCAUUCUGGCCUGGUUUUUAGAUACGCAGAGGGGGGCUCAUUUUAAAGUGACCAAGUGCUGCAUUCCUCAAUUAUGUUGGCAGCACCAAGUCAGUAUUAUAAUGCAUUUUACACACUGAUGUUGCACAUUUGACCUUAAAGUAUUGCCUGUACACAGUUACCACACAUGGCUACAUUAAGGUUCUAACAUUGCUGCACAGAUCAUUUUUAACUAGUAUGUAUUUAGGUUUUAUCAAUGGUUCCCUUUGGAGUUGCAUUUUCAAACCUUUUUCAUGUAUGGUUUUUAAAUAUCAUUUUAAGCUGGUUUUCCAGUCCUUUUUAUACACCACUUGCUGAGCUCAGUAACUUUUUUUUUUUCUCUGAAAAUAACACUAAUUUAAAGAAUUUGCAUCAUGUAUACUGGUAGAUGACUCCUAGGGACUUUUUUUUUUUUUUUUAAGCAUUGGAACUUGUUUUGAAGAGAUUUUAUCUGUAAAUAUUUAGAGAAUGUAUUCCGUUAUUUAAAAUGAAAAAACAAACAAAAAAAAAAAAAAAAACCUGUCAUUGAGCACAGAAAGACUGAAUUACAUAUCGCAUUAUAGUGUUUCCCCUCUCUUUGUACCCCUAAAGGUUAUUCUGAAACUCUGCAUUGGCUUUGAAGUGAUCUUUAAAACCAGUUAAACAAAUGUGAAAGGAGCCUUUUGCUUUAGUUUCAUAUAUAGAGCAAAUUUCUUCUUGCAGUCAACGGAAGGAGCAUUAUGUCAACAUGUUUUUAAGCAUUUAAUUGAUUUGGUUUCCUUGAUGUAAAAUGGUUUUGAAGAUUAAGCAAAAACUUUAUUUCCAGUACAGUGUGUGUAUUGAAAAUAAAUUAAAUUACUACAGGCCUUGACUGAUUGAAUUUAUAAUAAUAAUAAUAAUAAUAAUAAUAAUAAUUUGGGACUGUAUAAAAUAUUAGAAUUGAUUGUUUACAGUUUAUUUUUUACAUUUUUGUUUCACAAAACUAGACGAAGAAACAAGCAGCAUUUUUCUUUAAGUGGGUAAAUGUAGUCUGUGAUUUUAUUGCUUUAAUGCAGGGCUUCUCAAACUCUGUCCUGGGGACCCCCUGUGGCUACUGGUUUUCAUUCCAACCGAGCUGUCAAGUA